AUGCUUACAUCUCUUACUAUUGAUAAAUGUACAUUAUCAAAUAUGUCUUUAUCGACAAAUGGUUAUUCAAAAGUUGUUGGUGGUCCAGUUUUACUUACAAAUUCACAACCUUUGACUCCAAUAGAUAAUAAUAGUAAAACAACAACACAACGUUAUAAAACUGAACUAUGUCGUUCAUAUCAUGAAACUGGUUUAUGUAAAUACGGUGAAAAAUGUCAAUUUGCUCAUGGUUACCAUGAAAUACGUUCGUUAGAUCGACAUCCAAAAUAUAAAACAAUACUUUGUCGUACAUAUCAUUGUACAGGAUAUUGUCCUUAUGGUCCACGUUGUCAUUUUUUACAUGAUGAAUAUUCAGAGAAUUUACCUAGUAAUUCUUUAUCAUCUUCAAUUUCUCCAUCAUCAUCAUUUGGUAGUGAUAUUCGUUCAUCAGUAUCAUCAUCACGUUCAAUUUCACCAAUGGAUUCUCCAAUAUUAAAUUCCGAUGAUUAUCUAUUUCUUCCAUCAUUUUUACUUACGAAAUAA